GACCUAAUUUCUCGCUACCAAGGACAUUACACAUAUGAUGGUAUUGGGGAGCGCAGGUAGAGCCUCGUAGUAGGUGAUUAUAAACUCCCCAAAACCCUAACUCAUCCGUUUUCACUUUUUCCUUAAACUCCCAAAAACCCUAAACGAAGCUCCUCCUCAACUCCUCCUUCAACAACACCAUUUCUCUCGGACGAGAGCAAAGCUAAUUCUCUGUUUCAAAAAUGGUGGCUGACAAGGGUAAGAAACCCAAGAUCGCAGAGAAAAUCGUGGAAGAAAACGCCGAGCAAAUCGAUGGCGAACUUGUUCUAUCUAUCGAAAAGUUGCAGGAGGUCCAAGACGAACUUGAAAAGAUCAAUGAGGAGGCAAGUGAUAAAGUAUUGGAAGUGGAACAGAAAUACAAUGAAGUUCGGAAGCCAGUAUAUGAUAAACGGAGUGAAAUCAUCAAAUCAAUUCCUGAUUUUUGGCUGACUGCUUUCUUGAGUCAUCCUGUUCUUUCUGAUCUUCUGUGUGAAGAAGACCAAAAGAUCUUCAAGCAUCUAACUUCUCUGGAGGUGGAAGAUUGCAAAGAUGUGAAGUUGGGCUACUCAAUCUCAUUUAACUUCAGUCCCAAUCCAUACUUUGAAGACACAAAACUCACCAAGACGUUUACCUUUCUUGAUGAGGGUACAACAAAGAUCACAGCUACCUCCAUAAAGUGGAAAGAGGGCAUGGGACUUCCUAAUGGGGCUGCCCCUGAGAAGAAAGGAAACAAGCGGGCCCACGAGGAAGAGAGCUUCUUUUCCUGGUUCAGUGGAACUCAACUGAAAGAUGGAGAGGAAGAGAUCCAUGAUGAAGUUGCUGAGAUCAUUAGGGAGGAUUUGUGGACUAAUCCCCUUACGUAUUUCAAUAAUGAUGCUGAUGAAGAAGAGUUUGAAGGUGAUGAAGAGGAAAAUGGGAGUGAUGAGUCUGAAGAUGAGGGUGAAGAAGAAGAAGAAGAUGAGGGUGAGGAUGAAUGAGUUGGUGUAAAGUUUUCAAGUUUAGUGGUUAGAUGCUUUAAGAUAUAACUGUGUGGACGUAAAGACAGAUGAUGUUUAUCGGUUCAUAGGUCUAUAAUUAGAUGUCAUGUUAAUUGUGUGAAGUUUCUAAGGUUUAAUUUUGAGCUUUAAAUCGCUUGAUGCUGAUCUAAUGAUCCCACAACUUAUACAUUUAAGCUCAUUAAUGAAGUUAGACACUAGUAUAUAUUUUGGAAGAA